AAUCCGGCUGGAUGCUCCUAUAACCAGGAGUAAGGUAAUACUAUAUAGCAGUAACCUACAUAUACAAAGAUUUUAGAAUGUAAUUUUUAAAAAUUAGAAAUUUGAGAAAAUGAGAAACAGAGACAGGGGAGAACUGUCACUUGUAACCUAACCUUGAACUUGGAUUUUGUAACUUGCCGUUAUGUCCCAAAUUAAGUGAUUGUGAUAAGAUUACCAAAUAAAAUUUCUAAAUUUCUAUUAAAUUUCACCAAUAAUAAUAGUUAUUUUAUGUGACAACUCAAUAUAUUUUUAUAUACAUUUUUCUGUAAUAAAUGGGAUGGAUUUAAACUAAAAACUCAGAAAAACAACAUAUUUUAAGGCAAUUUGGAUAAAUAUAGCUAGCAUUCAAAUUAUGGUAAAUUUUGCUAAUAUUUGAAACAUUGGAAAGGAAAAUAAAUUAUUGUAAAUAUGUUACGCUUGCAAGCAAAGAAAUUUAUACAAUAUUCAGCUAUAUUUGGUGCAGUAGCUGGUACAGCAAUAAGUUUAAGAGGAAACCAAUAUGAUAUUGAUUCAAUUGGUAUUGUACGCCUAACCAGGGCUGCAGUAACUGUUUUCAAAAUAGGAUUUGUCUACAAAAAAGAUCUUCUUUCAAAAGGCUUUGAUAAAAGUUCAGAUGAAUAUAAAGAAACAAAAUCAAGGUGUCAUAAGUUAGGAGCAGAAAAAUUGUUGGACUUAUGUUGUUCAAAUAAAGGAGUCUAUAUUAAAGUAGGACAACACAUUGCAGCACUCGAUUUUUUAAUUCCCAGUGAAUAUGUACAAACACUAAAAAUUCUGCAUUCAGAUGCUCCUACUAAUAAAUUAGAAGAUGUGUAUAAAGUUAUUAGAGAGGAUUUAAAAAAGGAUCCAGAGGAAUUAUUUGAAACCUUUGAUCCAAAACCACUAGGAACUGCCUCAUUAGCUCAAGUGCACAGAGCAACUUUAAAAGAUGGAACAGUUGUUGCCGUAAAAGUUCAACAUCCUUAUGUGCAGGGAAAUUCAUUGAUAGACAUGAAAACCAUGGAAACUUUGGUGAAAAUAAUGAGCUGGGUGUUUCCUGAGUUUAAAUUUCAAUGGUUGGUGGAUGAAUCAAAAAAAAAUAUUCCACAAGAAUUAAAUUUUAUGCAGGAGGGUAAAAAUGCAGAAGAAGUUACUAAAUUGUUUAAAGAUGAUGAUUGGCUUAAGGUACCUUCUAUAAGGUGGGAUUUAACAACAUCCAGAGUGUUAACAAUGGACUUUGUUGAGGGGGGCCAAGUAAAUGACUUGGGUUAUAUAGAGAAAAAUAAAAUAGAUCCAUAUGAGGUUUCUGACAAAUUAGGAAAAUUAUAUUCUAGAAUGAUUUUUAUAAACGGAUUUGUCCAUAGUGACCCACAUCCUGGAAAUAUCUUGGUUAAGAAGAAUGAUAAUGGGCAAUGCGAUAUUGUACUUUUGGAUCAUGGAUUAUACGCUAAAUUGAAAGAUGAAGUUAGAGUAAGUUACGCUAACCUGUGGUUAAGUAUUUUAAAUAAAGAUCGCAACGCAAUGCGUAAACAUGCAGGAGAAUUGGGAAUAGAAGGUGAUGCGUUUGGUUUAUUUGUAUGCAUGGUUUCUGGAAGACCUUGGGAUGCGGUGCUAAAAGGAGUUGACAGAUAUGAGCCAAACAAAUCAGAAAAGGAAUUCUUUCAACAAACAUUCACUGGAGUGUUGCCACAAAUGUCCAGCAUCCUAGAAAACGUUAACAGACAAAUGUUGCUGAUUUUAAAAACCAACGACUUACUAAGAAGUAUAGAAUUUACUUUGAAAACCAAUAAAAGGCAUGGUGCUUUCUGUGUCAUGUCACAAUGUUGUGUGAAGUCUGUCUAUAACCAAAAAUAUUGUAGUUCAAAUAAAAGAAUGGAAAAAUUCACGCUGACCCUUACAAAGUAUUGGACCUUAUUUAAAAUUAAUGUUUAUUAUACAUUUUUAAAAAUAAGGGGUACUCUAAAUAUACUGUAAAUUAAAUUAAUUAAAUUAUUUAAUUAUUAAGUUUGUGGUUUACAUUUUUUUGAAAAAUAUUUAUCCAUUUUACAGAAAAAUUACAAGAUCAAUAUUUUUACAAUUUUGUACUCAUGAAUAUUUUAUUUAUUGUGAACUAUGGUUAUUUAUAAAUAUACAAAUUAUUUUU